GAGGAGACAUUGUUGGAAGUGGCAGCAGAGGAGAGAAGCCUGCAUCGAUCACAUGACCACAUCAAUGAAGAUGGAGGAGGACCGGAGUUACAUGACUGAGGAGAUACUAAACCUCACCCUGGAGAUCAUCUACCUGCUGACCGGAGAGAGUUAUCCUCCUGUAAAGUCUGGUGACCCGGUUACCAUCACAGUGCCUCCAUGUGGCUCCCUAAAACCCAAGAGACACAACAUGGAGAAGAUUCUAGAAGUCACCAAGAAGAUGAUGGAGCUGCUGACAGGAGAGAGUGGAAACCUCGAAGAUUAUAUUAUUGAGGUUAAAGAAGAGUUUAAAGAGGAGGAUGAAGAGUAUGGUGUCGUGAAGGUGCUUUUUGAAGGACACAAGAAUAUGAUGGAUCCACCUUAUAAAAGAAACCCACCAGAGAGAUGUCCCCGUCCUCUGUAUUCCCGGGAUUCCACACAGGAAGGUCACACCAUCCCCCACCAUCAUCGGGGUGAAGAUCUGAUGAUCAUGAAAGUUGAGGGUGAAGUAGAGGAGACGUAUGUGAGGGAUGAUCAGCAGUAUACGGAGGAGGCUGGAAUGACGAGGACAUUCAUAGAGGAGGACACUCCUACAGAGAUCAGCACAGGACACGCCAUGGAGAAACCCUCAAAGGAUCGUCUCACUUUAUCUCCGGGUUGUAAAAUGGAAGAUGAGGACAUCACAGGAGAUUGUGGAGGAGAAAAGACAAUGAGCUCCACUAUGGAUGGAGGACUUCACAGUGUGGAUAGACCAUGGAACCCCUCCGACUCUGACCAACCUCGUACUGCGAGGGAUGGGGCCGGAAAUUGGGGGGAUAGGGAAUUUUCCUGUCCUAAAUGUAAGGAAAGUUUUAGCUCUGAAUUAGGUCUUUCUGUACAUCUGCGAUCUCACACGGGUGAGAAGUUCCAUUCCUGUUCUGAGUGCGGCAAAUGUUUUCUUCAUAAAUCAGAACUUGUCAUACAUUACAGAUCACACACAGGUGAGAAGCCGUUUUCCUGUCCAGAGUGCGGGAAAUGUUUUCACUGUAAAUCCAAGCUAGUUCGACAUUACAGAUCUCACACGGGCGAGAAGCCACAUUUCUGCCCCGAAUGUGGAAAAUGUUAUUCAAGGAAAUCGCACCUUUUGAGACAUCAGAGGUCUCACACAGGGGAGAGGCCGUUUUUCUGCCCCGAGUGCGGGAAACGUUUUUUUCAGAAUUCAGACCUUGUUAGACAUCAAAGAUCUCACACGGGCCAGAAGCCUCAUGCCUGCCUCGAGUGCGGGAAAUGUUUUGCACAGAAAUCGGACCUUGUGAUACAUCAAAGAUCUCACACAAAGGAAAGCCCCUUUUACUGCCGACAGUGCGGGAAACGUUUUUCACAGAGGUCCAGUCUUCAGAGACAUCAGAAAUUGCACACGGAGAAGUUUUUUUCCUGUUCCGAGUGCUUUAAAUGUUUUCCAUCGGAAUCGGACCUUCUGACGCAUCAAAGGUUUCACGCAAAGGCGAAGCCGUAUACCUGCCUUGAGUGCGGGAAAUGUUUUGCGAAGAUGUCUCUUCUUAGAAGACAUCAGAGGAUUCACACGGGUGAGAAGCCGUAUCCCUGCCCUGAGUGCGGGAAAUGUUUUUCACAGAAGGCCAGUGUUGCUGCACAUCAGGUAUGCCACACACGGGAAAGGCAGUCCUUGGGAAACGUCAUCCACAUGAACCAGAGCUUGUGAUGCAUCGGGGGAGAAAGCGUAUGCCUGCCCCGAGUGCGGGAAAUGUUAUAUACGGAGAUCAGACCUUGUUAUACAGUGGGGGGGAAAUAAUGAUUUGGCUCCCCUGCAGAUUGUGUACAUGUGCCCACUUACAAAGAAAUGAAGUUCCUAUAAUUUUUAUCAUAGGUGUAUUUUAUAUGAUAGAGACAGAAUA